UCAGACAAAAGGCGGAUCAGUCAGAGACUGAGAGCAGAAGGAGGCCGGACAGGCUGGAGAUUCACUCCAAAAAAUAACCUGCAGCAUUCUGGCACUGGCGGUUUGAAGGCGGUAUUAAAUGGUCUGGCGGGCUGGGACAUUUGCAAUACAUUUAGGAUGUCCCACUACACAGACGAGCCUCGCUUCACCAUCGAGCAGAUCGACCUGCUCCAGAGGCUGCGCCGGACUGGCAUGACCAAGCCGGAGAUCGUCCAUGCGCUGGACACCCUGGAGCGGCUGGACCGCGAACACGGGGACAAGUUCGGCCGCCGCGUCUCGUCCGACUCCCCCUCCAACAACAACGGCUCCACCUCCACUUCCAUGCCUGCCUCCAGCAACAGCGCCAGCAACGCUGCCACGGCAACCGCCUCCACCACCUCCAUUGCCACUCAGACGCAGUUCUGUGGCGGCCUCUCGCCGUCGCCUAGCAACAGCUACGCCACGUCCCCACCACGGCCAGUGCUGCCCUCACCUGUCUCACUGGUCACCAUGGUGCCAAACGGCCGGGAUGCCCUGGCCACGACGCCUAACGGUAAGCUGUCGCCACCCCGUUACCCGGUGAACGCUGGGCCCGCUGUGAGGCCGUAUGCGUUCGAGGGACCGGAGGAGGAGAUGGACAUUGACGAUAAAGUGGAGGAGCUGAUGAGGCGGGACAGCAGCAUGGUGAAGGAGGAGAUCAAGGCUUUCCUGGCUAACCGGCGCAUCUCUCAGGCAGUGGUGGCACAGGUCACAGGUAUCAGUCAGAGCAGGAUCUCUCACUGGCUCCUGCAGCAGGGUUCAGAUCUGAGUGAGCAGAAGAAGAGAGCGUUCUACCGCUGGUACCAGCUGGAGAAGACCACACCAGGUGCUACUCUAAACAUGCGCCCCGCCCCUAUGGCCCUGGAAGAGAUUGAGUGGCGGCAGACCCCGCCCCCUAUAAGCACCGCCCCUGGCAGUUUCCGGCUGCGCAGAGGCAGCCGCUUCACCUGGAGGAAGGAGUGUCUCGCCGUGAUGGAGAGCUACUUCAAUGAUAACCAGUAUCCUGAUGAAGCCAAAAGGGAGGAGAUCGCCAAUGCCUGCAAUGCUGUCAUACAAAAACCAGGGAAAAAGCUGUCGGACUUGGAGAGGGUCACAUCCUUGAAGGUGUACAACUGGUUUGCUAACCGUCGCAAAGAGAUCAAGAGGAGGGCCAACAUUGGGUCUUUUUUCCAAGAAGCCACAAUCCUGGAGAGCCAUGGGAUAGACGUGCAGAGUCCUGGAGGACACUCCAACAGCGACGACAUUGACGCAACUGACUACACUGAGCAGGGAUGUGAUUUGCCCUACUUUGAGAAGAGAUCCAUGACCCGACCGUUUGGUUUCUACAGGCAUGAGCCUGAGCCUACAUCGCCCACACAGGAUGACGGCACUAACCAUGCAGACCAUCAGGACCCCAUCUCCCUCGCAGUGGAGAUGGCAGCUGUCAAUCACAGCAUCCUGGCUUUGUCCCGCCCGGGGGCCGUGCCCAGCGACAUCAAGACAGAGGCACUGGAUGAUGACUGAGGCGGCCUGCUGGAUGAGCGAGGGUGUGUUGUGCUAUGUAUGAGUGUGUUGGAUGUGUGGUACUUCAUGAAUAGGGUGGUGGUCUACUAUCGCAAUGACCAAAACAAUGACGCUCUUGUCUCUAGUUGUUAGAAGCGGUCACUCUUAACUCUCCACCCCCUGUAGUAUGUUAAAACUGGCCCAGGCAUGUGUCUGCUGUUCUGCACCGGGCUUGCAUUGGGGGGAAAAGAAAACAAGAAAAAAAAAAGUUGGGUUCCAGCUUCUUCGGUGCUUGGACCCCUUAAAAAAAAAAAA